CAGAAGGUGGCUGCAUCUGCCAAGGGGAGAACAACUGGAUCUUGUUCACACUCAGCCAGAGGAAGAUUCCUGGUUAUAGCUGGGCCCAGAGGGUGUGUGUGGUUUACUGCACAGCUGGUGGCUGCAUCUGCAGAGCUGAGAACAACUGGAUCUUCUUCACACUCAACCAGAGGAAGACUCCUGGGGUGAAACGACACCUUCUUCCAGCCUGACACAGAAGGGUGAGAUCUCUGAGACCCUGCUGCUGCCACCAUGAGCUCAGAAGAUCCCAGGAACCGCUCAGAGAGCCAAAGCUUUUUUGAGGAUGUCGUUGAGUUUCUCCAGAAGAGUGUGAGAUGGGAACACCUGAAAUUCCUGCUCGAAGACAAACCCUGGGAGAAUUUUGUGACCCAGGUCAAUUUGUCCAGGGAAGACGGAAAUGUACUCCGUGAACAUGUGAUCAAGCUGCUAACAGACUUGGCUGGGGAGGACCCAGACAGGCUCCAAAAAUACCAGCAGGAAAAGGAGAGGUUUUUGAAGGAGUUUCCUCAGGUAAAACAGAAGCUGAAGGAGAGCAUAAAAAAGCUCCGUGAGCUCGCAGACCAUGUUGACAAGGUGCACAGGGACUGCACCAUCUCCAAUGUGGUAGCCUCCUCCACUGGCAUUGCAUCUGGCACCCUGAGCAUCCUUGGCCUGGUUCUUGCACCCUUUACAGGGGGUCUCAGUCUGGGACUCUCAGCUGCUGGAAUAGGGCUGGGAGCAGCAUCUGCUGUAACAGGUGUGUCCACCAUGGUGGUGGAAAAGGUAAACACGUCAUCAGCAGAAACCCAGGCCAGUCUCCUUGACACAGCCGAAAUAAUAUCCUAUGUAAUUGAUCUCUACCAUGUUAAAGACUUAGGGAUGUAUAUUCAUGCCAUCAGGGUGGCCAAUGACAACCUUGAAUUAGAAGCCACUGAGCUCAGCAGGCUAAUAACCACCAGGCCAGUCUCUGUCCAAAGUUCCCAACAGGUGAGACCUUUCGAAGGCACACCUCUGGCAGCGACUAGAACAGCCCGCAUCGCGAGUGGAGUCACAUCAGGUUUAUUCUUGGCACUGAACGUGUACUCCCUGGUGAAAGAAGUACAGGACUUGCAGGAGGGGGCAAAGACAGCAUCGGCUGAGAACAUGAGGCAGAAAGCCCAGGAGCUGGAGAAGAAGUUGGAGGAGCUCACCUGGGUCUAUGAGAGUCUGCAAUAGGGCCCGACUGGGCCACCCCUAGAGCAGUGCAGGGACCGGGGACAUGUGCAGGGUCACGGGGAGAAACCACUUGUUUUGGACUAAAGAAGACACAGAGGGCAGAAUAAGAGAGAGACAGGGAGACUAGCAGUGAGAGGCCAGGAAUAGGGGAGCUUUGAAAAUGGGAGAAAGCCAUAGAGUUAGGAUUGUAGAGAUCCAGCACAAGUAGCAGGGGCUCCUCUGUAGCCCUCCUCAGGGUUUGAUAUUCCAGCAACAAGGGUUUCCCCCUGGUGACAGUCUCUAGCCCUACUUCGCCAGCAUCAACUCACCUUUGAACUUAGUAGGUAGUGACCUAUUUGUUUCCAUGUUUUAUUAAAGUUAGUUGAUUUACAAUAUUGUAUUAGCUUCAGGUAUAUAGCAAAGUGAUUCAAUUAUACAUGUAUCUAUACACAUAUUUGUUCUUUUUAAAAUUUUUAUAAAUUCUUCAGUUCAGUUCAGUUGCUUAGCCAUGUCCAACUCUUUGCGACCCCAUGGACUGCAACACGCGAGCCCUCCCUGUCCAUCACCAGUUCCCGGAGUUUACCCAAACUCAUGUCCAUUGAGUCAGUGAUGCCAUCCAGCCAUCUCAUCCUCUAUUGUCCCCUUCUCCUUUCACCUUCAAUCUUUCCCAGCAUCUGGGUCGUUUCAAAUGAGUCAGCUCUUCACAUCAGGUGGUCAAAGUAUUGGAGUUUCAGCUUCAGCAUCAGUCCUUCCAAUGAAUAUUCAGGACUGAUCUCCUUUAGGAUGGACUGGUUGGAUCUCCUUGCUAUCCAAGGGCCUCUCAAGAGUCUUCUUCAACAGCACAUUUAAAAAGCAUCAAUUCAGCACUCAGACUUCUUUAUGGUCCAACUCUCACAUCUGUACAUGACUACUGGAAAAAUCAUAGCUUUGACUAUAGGGGACUUUGUUGGCAAAGUGAUGUCUCUGCUUUUUAAUAUGCUGUCUAGGUUGGUCAUAACUUUUCUUCCAAGAAGCAAAUGUCUUUUAAUUUUAUGGCUGCAGUCACCGUCCACAGUGAUUUUGGAGCCCAAGAAAAUGAAGUCUGUCACUGUUUCCAUUUUAUCCCCAUCAAGGAGGGCUGCAUGAUGCCAAAUUUUCUCCCCACUCAUGGAAGAUGGAGGGAUGUGGACACAGCAGAGUGGGCCCCAGAGUCUCUGUGAAGGAAGAAUUCAGGCAGCUUUCUGCCGAGGUGGGACUGUUGCAGAAGUGAGUUGACACUUGAUGCCAGUCGCAGAGGGUCCCUAUUGGCCCCGCCAGACUCAGCUCCCUGUGGCUCCUAGGGACUCGGGCCUUGAGCUCACUUCUUCGGACAAGAGAUAAUUGAUGUUUAUGACUCAUCUCAAGCUAACAGGGAGCAUUUAUGGAAGGAAAGUGUCACGAAUGUUUAACAGUAGGAUUCCUGUGUGCUGUUUCCUGUCUCUCUUGAGCCCUCUCUUCCUUAUCAGUCCAUGGCUGGUGAGAGGAGCAGGCAAGCUGCUCCCAGGAUAGAGAUCAAAGAGAUGGGAUGCUUGCAUAGGAUUUCCUUCAUUAGCUUUUCCAUUUGGUGAAAGGGAUUGUUUAUGACCCUCUUUUGAUAUGGAUCACAUUUUGGCCUUAUAGCCUCUAUUGCUCCUUGCUUCCUUGGUAACUUGUAAUAAAGUCUGAUCUCUUGAUCUUUAUCUGAAGAAGCUACCUUGUAUUACAGUAUAUAUACUCUUAUAGAAUUCAAUAAAGCACACUUUUUCCAUCA